AUGAAUCAUCGGAAAGCCUCUUCUUCUUCAACCCAUCCAACUGAUUUCAUGGGAGUUCAACGAUUAAAAACGAAAUUAUUGAAACAUUACAAACAGAAGGAGGUGGAUUCGGUAGUGUACUCGUUGCUUCAGCAUGGGUUCACCCACAACAAUGUUUACCAAUGGAUGUUGGAAGGUGAGACACUGGCUCAAAAGUUUUCCAUGAAGACGAAACAAAAAGCAGUGCUUUUCCAAAUCGUAGUGAUGUUUCAUUCUGAUAUUCUACUUUAUCUCGUGAGGAUUGGACCACCUCCAACACAUACACUUCUCCAAUCUAUGCUUGAUCCUGAUGGAAUUUUAUGUGAACAGUUACGCCAAAGUUUUGUGCUCGCUGAAUUGGUAACAUGUAAACCAAUGUACUACCCAGAUGAUUGGAAGAUACUACAAAUAUGGAGACCUUUACUCAAGCUAUCCCAUGUAACCACCUUGAUCAGAGACUUUGCCAUGGAAUAUAAAAACGAAUCACUACAAGAUAUACAACAAAAGUAUGAAACAAGGCUGAAACAGCGUGACUCCCUUCUCUCAGCUCUUAAAAUAUUUCUCAAAGAUGGAAAUCACUUAGUAAUGCCUAAAAAUGUUUUCGAAACUGACGCUUUUGAAGAAUUAGUAUUUUAUUUUCUGAUCCAUAGCUCUCAAGUAGCAGUUUUAAAAGAUUUAGUAGAUGUGAUUUUUCCUGCACAUUUGAAAUGGAAACAUUGGAAUGACGAUGUCAAAAAUCGUAUAUUUUGUAUGUUUCUUCAUGUACUCAAUGAAAGAUAUGCAAACAGAAGAAUCAACACUUUUGAAGAAUUUUCUAAAGAAAUUAGCAAUUUUGUCACUCUAUUGAAUAUUACACAAACCAAUGGAUUUCCAAUCUUAUUUAUAUGUAUGGGCCGAUGGAAUCAUUGUGUUGUAGAUUUAUUGAAUCGUUUCAAGCAUUUAGCAACAAAAGAGCAGAUGAAAGUAGUAUUUCAUUCAGAACUCGUAACUCGAGACAUUCCACACUAUUACCAUUGCAUAUCGUUCUUGAUACGUAAUUAUGAAAUUGAUCCAUUUGAAGUUGUUGAUAAUGAGAAUAUCAUUUACAAGCUUUUACAAAUAGAACAUAGCCCCUUCAGUAUUCAAAUGUUGCUGUUGCCAAUUAUUGAAACACUUGGAUUGAAAAAACUUAGCUUGAACGCAAUAUCAUCAUCACUGAAUACUGAAGAUCAAAUUCGCGUCGCUCUGCAGUCAAAAUUAUUUUCAUACGGCAAUGAAAUUUUGAGGUUAAAUCUAACCUUUGUGAAUACCUAUUUGGAUCCAAUUGUAUUUGAUGGAGAGGUCAUCCUUGAAAGGCUUUAUACAAUGCUUGAUAUGGGCUAUAUUGGAAUUGAUUUGUAUAAUUGUUUAUUGAAUCAUUGCAAAAUCAAAUGGAAUCAAGCCGAUGAGAUUGGAAACUCCUACAAUUCACUCCAUGAAUAUGUCAUGAUGCGUCACGAAGAGGAAUAUCAAGAAACGAAAAAGAAAGCACAAUCAGAUCAAAAAUUAUUGCUUCUUGAUUCGACCAAUCCAGUUUCUGUGUAUGUGUAUUGUGAAAAGAUUUUGACAACCAACAUCAAAAAUAAUAUGGUAGCCACGUGUUAG